CUUUUUCCUUGCUGUAAAAAAAAUGGCUGAAUUUCCUGUGCCAGGCUUUGAAAAUGGUGGUGCUUUAUGGUUCCAGAAUUUAACCAUUCCGGAUCCAUAUUAUAUUUUACCUUUAUUAAUCUCAACAAUAUUCAGUGUUUUACAAUCAGUACUUAUGAAUAAUAAAACGAUUCGUAGAUAUUUAGAUUUGCCUGCUAUGCCACAGACGUUAAAAAAACCAGAGAAAAAGCCCUUUCAGGAAUACCUAAAACAAUGGAAUUCUGAUGUACGUAAAAAUAUAAGAGAACAACAAAAGAGACCUGAAAGAUUGUAA